AUGGUCACCGUGGAGAUGGCGGAGCGACUAAUCGAUCAAAACAACCGUCUCUCUAUCACCGUAAUCAUACUAUCUUUCAAUUCUAAAACCACGUCUAUGAUGGCCUCUCUCACCACCACAUCCAAAGACCGUCUCCGCUACGAAGUAGUCACCGGAGAAGAUCAACAACCCGCCGAGCUGAAGGCGACUGAUUCCCACGUCCAAAGUCUGAAGCCAAUCGUGAGAAAGGCGGUUGCGAAACUCGUCGAUCCGAGUCAACCUGACUCGCCUCGCCUCGCGGGAUUCGUCGUCGACAUGUACUGCACGUCCAUGAUCGAUGUUGCUGACGAAUUUGGGGUUUCUAGUUACUUGUUUUACACUUGCAACGCUGGAUUUCUCGGACUCUUGCUUCAUAUGCAGCUCAUGCACGACGCGGCGGAGGAAAAGUAUGACAUGAGCGAGUUAGAAGACUCAGACGCUGAGUUGGUGGUUCCAAGUUUGACUCGUCCGUAUCCGUUGAAAUGUCUUCCUUACAUUUUCAAAUCAAAAGAGUGGCUCCCGUUUUUUGUCACUCAAGCGAGAAGAUUCAGAGAAACUAAGGGUAUUUUGGUAAAUACAGUUGAUGAGCUGGAGCCUCAUGCGUUGAAGUUUCUCUCCAAUGGUGAGAGUGAUACUCCUCCUGCUUACUCAGUGGGACCAUUGUUGCACCUCAGAAACGAAGCUCGUGAUUCCGUGGCGGAGAAGAAACAAUGGGAGAUUUUAGAGUGGCUCGAUGAGCAACCGGCUAGAUCGGUGGUGUUCCUCUGCUUCGGGAGCAUGGGAGGCUUCAGUGAGGAACAAGCGAGAGAAAUCGCCACCGCGCUCGAACGAGGCGGCCACCGUUUCCUCUGGUCUCUCCGCCGUGCAUCUCCGAAUGUAAUGAAGGAGCCUCCCGAAGAAUUCACCAACCUGGAGGAGAUUCUCCCUGAAGGAUUCUUUGAUCGGACGAAGGAGCGAGGGAAAGUUAUCGGAUGGGCCCCACAGGUGACCAUACUGGAGAAGCCGGCGAUGGGAGGUUUUGUCUCACACGGCGGGUGGAAUUCGACGCUGGAGAGUCUGUGGUUCGGUGUUCCGACGGCGAUUUGGCCGCUUUACGUUGAACAGAAGUUUAACGCCUUCGAGAUGGUGGAUGAGCUUGGUUUAUCGGUGGAGAUUAAACGGUACUGGCGAGGAGAUCUUUUGUUGGGGAGGUCGGAGAUGGAGAUUGUGACGGCGGAGGAGAUUGAGAGAGGGAUCCGGUGUCUGAUGGAGCAGGAUAGUGUGAGGAAGAGAGUGAAGGAUAUGAGCGAAAAAUGCCACGUGGCUUUAAUGGACGGUGGAUCCUCGCGGAUUGCUUUGCAAAAGUUUAUUCAAGACAUAAGGGAUAAUUUGUAA